UAACUGAAAUUAAUAAUACGUAAACUACAGAACAUUGUAGUUGAUAAAAUUCAUUCAUAAUUCGUUACUUUUCUUCACCUCGCCCAACUAAAAUUACACACGUCAACAUUCUAGAAUAUGGUAUGAUUUUUCUGUUGAUACGUGUCUUAAAAAUUGUAGUGUUUCAUUUUAUCCGUUCGCAAAAAUAGUCAUAGUAUUAAAUUUCAUUCAUUUUAUGGCACUUAAAUGAUUCGUUACGCUUUAAACAUGGUUAAUUAAUAGCAAACUAGUUAAAAUGAACUUGAUGUGAGAUGAAUUGAAACCUUUUAUCUCGCCAUUUCAUAAAAUCCAAAAUUCGGUUUAGCUAGGAAAAAUUAGCGUGGCAACAUUACCCGUUCAAAACAACAAUUUUCCAAUCAAUUUAUAAACAUUUUUACCUAGUACCUAUGAUAAAAAGAAGACCAUUUUCUACGUUGAAUUACCUUUGUGCAUUUUAAUUAAUUGUUGAUAAUCGUUAAUUAUCUCAUAGAUUAGAGUGUCCCCUGUUCAUUAUGGCGAUCCGAAGCACUAACGCUCCAUAAUCCGCAUAUUCCAUCGCGUUAUAAUGUGACGAAAAAUUAUCAGAGAUCUUCAUAUUCGGUGGUGUAAUUAGUUUCAAAAAAAUCGUUUUAAAUGCAAUUUUCAAAAAUGAGGAACGCACUUGUGGCCGUCGGUACGCUUGCGUUGAGCGUAAUGGUGAUCGGAAACGCUUACCUGCAGAAAAAGCAGUUUUAUCCAUCUGUUGUCUACAUAACAAAAUCUAAUCCUAGUAUGGCUGUCAUGUAUCUGCAAGCUGUAGUGAUCAUCAUGUUAUUAGGCAAACUGAUGAGGAAAAUAUUUUUCGGCGAAUUAAGAGCUGCCGAAGUAGAACAUUUAGUUGAAAGAUUCUGGUACGCUGUGACAGAAACAUGUCUCGCGUUCACCGUAUUCAAGGAUGACUUUACUCCUAAAUUUAUGGCAUUAUUUACGCUUCUACUGUUUCUCAAAUCUUUCCAUUGGUUGGGUGAAGAUCGAGUAGAUUAUAUGGAACGAAGUCCAGUUAUUUCGUGGAUUUUUCAUACGAGGAUAGUUUUGUUAUUAUCUUUAUUGGGACUUUUGGAUUUAUACUUCAUAUCUAUCGCAUAUCAGCAUACAAUCACUAAAGGAGCAUCGGUACAGUUGGUUUUUGGUUUCGAGUACGCUAUUUUGUUAACUGUAGUGAUAAACACAGCGGUCAAGUAUAUUCUCCACAUCAUCGACAUGAAUCGUGAAGUAUUCUGGGAAAAUAAGGCAGUAUUCUUAUUAUACGUGGAAGUUGUUAUCGGUUUCAUUAAAGUAGUCCUGUAUAUGUGUUUCGUUGCUUUGAUGGUCAAGUUGUAUACAUUACCAUUAUUCGCAUUCCGUCCCAUGUAUUAUUCGAUGAGAAACUUUAAAAAAGCGCUUAAUGACGUGAUACUCUCGCGAAGAGCAAUUCGUAAUAUGAAUACUCUAUAUCCGGACGCAACAGCUGAAGAAUUGGCGGCCGCCGAUAAUGUAUGCAUUAUUUGCCGUGAAGAAAUGCAAACUGGCGCUAAAAAGUUACCAUGUAAUCAUAUCUUUCACGUGUCUUGCCUGCGUUCGUGGUUUCAAAGACAUCAAACAUGUCCUACUUGUCGUCUGAAUGUGCUACGUACGAAUACGGCGACUCAAAGACCUCGUCCUGCUGGAGCUGCUCCUCAAGCUGCUCAACCUAAUCCAGCUAUGCCACCAAUAUUCGCUUUUCCCGCUUGGCAACCACCAUUUUUCCCUCCGGCGCCCAAUGUUAAUGCGCAAAACGUACCGAAUGCUGGUGGCGAACAGAGGCCAGAUCAAAUGCAUGCCCAAGCUUCGGGAUCAUCGGCUGAAGCGAAUGCAAAUCAAUCAAAUAUGCCGAACCAAGCCAACCCAGAUGCUGGAGUUCAAUUCCCUCAACAGUUCUCGUUUCCGUUCAUGUUACCACCGAUGCCACCUUUCAUACCUGGCGUUACUACCCCUCCUCUGCCGCCGCAAAACUGGAGCGGAUUGUCAUUAGAGGAACUGAGACAAAUGGAAGAAAAUAGUCGACGUGGUGUUGAGGCUCGUUUACAAUGCCUACGUAAUAUUCACACUUUAAUGGACGCGUCUGUGAUUUUAAUGCAGCAGUAUAUUACUUCUGCUAGUAUAGCUGCCGCUACUUCAGCGGCGACUGCCACACCUCAAGGCCCGAGUGGUUCCUCAAGCGGAGCUGAGAGUGCUCCUACGAACCCCCCAACUGCUGAUAGCAGUGAACCUUCAACUAGUCAAACCAGUCCAGAAUCGAAACCAGCGGUUCCGUCGACUUCAGCGAGUAAUGUCGAACCUUCUGGAAGCGAAGAAGUACCAUCAACCAGCGGCGAAGGUGAAUCCUUACUUGGAUCUCAAGAACAAGAAGAAAUCAGAAGGAGACGAGUACAGAAAUUCACGAGCUCGUGAAGAAUUGAUUUCGAUUUUAUUUUUUUGUCUGUACAUUUAUCACUGUUUUUCAUGUUCCUGAUGUGUAAAUUUUAAAUUAUAUCAGUCGUUUUAAAAAGAUGGUACUGUGUUUGUAUGUGUACAAUUCCGCCAGGUCUUUUGAAACGCAUUAACAUGUUUGAAAAUUCGUUAAUUAAAUAAAUGUUUGCAAAGUG